CAUCAUGCAUGAUAGCACCUCGUAUCCAAAGGCUAUACUUGCGCAUGGUUCGAGCACAAAUACCGAAGAUUGCACCCAGUCUGAGCCUGUGCACGCUGUAAAACUCUUCCAAAGCAUGGUACUGCAACACGCAACUUGCAAACGGCUUAUGAACUUCAUACGACUUUAGAAAGCCAAAAGGCCUCGCAGGACCGGGACCUAGGCCCGAUGAGUUUCGCGUUCAAGCGGUUUAACUUCUUUCAGCCGCACCAGGUGCCCCGGCAUGGUUUUCCUCCCAAUGCUAGCUGCGUCGCCCCGGGCGGACCGGUUCUGUGGGUCGGCACGGAGUCGGGGAGCGUGUUCAUCCUGGAUGCCCGGCUUAGCCUGCUGGGCACAUUCAACGCGCACGGGCACCGCGUGCUAGAGGUCAUAUGGCUGGAGAAGCGGCAGCUGCUGAUCACGGUUGGCAGCGAGGAGCCGGGCUGCUCCUCCACCACCGUCAAGCUGUGGCCCGCGGAGAAGCUGCUGGCAGCUGCGGCCGCGCUGGCGGCUGGAUCCGGCGGGGCCGCUGGAUCCGGAUCCGGGUCUGGAGGACACACGGCGGGAGGUGGGGGAGGCGCCAGCGCGACCGGCGCGGCGCCGCUGGCUGCUGCAGCCUCAGCUAUGUCGGCGGCCAAAGUGACCAAGGUGUUCGGCUCCCAUAGUGGGCAGCACUACCCCGAGGCCGCCGUCACGGCCGCCGCCGCCGCCGAGGGCUCCGUGUCAACCGCCGCCGCCGCCGCCGCGCUGGCGGCUGGGCUGGGCGUGGGCGUGGAUCCGGCAGCGGCGGCUGGCGGCGCCGGCGGCGGCAUGACCGCCCUGACGGUGGCGCUGGGGCUGGCCUCGGGACACGUGGUGGUGCUGACGGGGGAGAUCGGGCCGCCAGGCGGCAACAUCCCCAAGGCGCGCCUGUCGCACUCGCGGCGGCUGGCGGCGCGGCCCGACCAGGGCGACCACUGGAGCAUCACCGGGCUGGAGCUGACGGGCACCGCCGACCUGCUGUCUCUGUUUGUGGUGUCUGAGAGCCAGACGCUGUGCUUCCACCUGCAGACAAACACCAAGACUGUGCUGGACCCUCAGGGCUCCGCCGCCCCGCGCUGCUGCUGCCUGCGGCCCGGCGGCGCCCUGCUGACGGUGGCGCGUGCGGAGGGUUUGUACGACUACACGGCUGACACACGUGCGGGCUGUACGGUGUUUGAGGGGCCCAAGCAGCGCCUGGCGCCGUUUGGCCGGUACCUGGUGGUGGUCACUCGUGACGACAAUGCCGGCGGCGCCGCCACCCCCAGCCUGCUCGCCGGCGGCAGCACCGGCAGUAGCAGCGGCACCGCUGCCGUUGCCGGUGGCAGUAGCAGCACGGGCAGCGGCGGCAGUAGCAGCACGGGCAUUGGGAGCGGCAGUAGCUGCCUGCAGUUGGCGGAUGUACGGACGAAGCUGCUGGCGGGCACGUUCGUACUGCAGGGGCUACAGCACGUGUUCUGCGCGUGGGGUGCCGUACACGCCGUCACAGCUGCGGGCGCCGUGUGGUCGUACCGGGAGAUUGACUUGGCGACACAGCUGGAGGCGCUGCUGCGGCGCUCGCUGCACAAGCUGGCUCUGGACGUGGCUCGGGCCUGGGGCCAGGGCGGCGGCAGUGGGGGCCCGGGUGCUGACGCGGCCACACUGGCCAGCAUCCACCAGCGCUGGGGCGACCACCUGUACAGCAAGGGCGAGUACGACGCCGCUAUGUGCCAGUACCUGGAGACUGCGGGGCAUCUGGAGCCCAGCUACGUCAUACGGCGCUUCCUGGACGCACAGCGCAUACACAGCCUCACAGCAUACCUGGAGGUCAUGCACGAGCGGGGCCUGGCCACGUGCGACCACACCACACUGCUGCUCAACUGCUACACCAAACUCAAGGAUGUUUCCAAGCUCGACGCAUUCAUCCGCCGCGGCGGUGUGGACGUGGACGUGAGUGGGGCUGGCGGCGCCGACGUCGACACAGGCGCGGGCGCGGAGGCGGCGGCCGCAGCAGACGCAGCACAGGGAGGCACCCUGGGUGGCGGCGGCGCCGGUGCGCCUGGCGGCGCCGGCGGCCGGCGGCGCGUGCGGCGCUACCUGUCCGCGGCGGCGGCGGCAGCGGCGGAGGCGCCGCCGCCGGCCCCGUCUGUGGCGACGCCGGCGGCGGCGGCGGCGGGUCUGGCGGGCAGCCGCUCGCGCCUGCAGCUGCAGUCCGCGGCGACGUCGGGGCAGCAGGACUCCUCCGCCCACCCCCGCUCCGCCUCCUCCCAGCCUACCGCCGCCGCCGCCGCCGCCUCAUCCGCCCCUCAGCUGCGCUUUGACGCAGACACGGCGGUGCGGGUGCUGCGCGGGGCCGGGUACGCGGAGCACGCACUGCUGGUGGCGGACGCGGCGGGGCAGGUUGACUCGGUGCUGGACGUGCUGCUGGACGACUUGGGGGCGGCGGGGGCGGAGGAGGCCAUCGAGUACCUGGAGACACUGCCGCGCAGGAGGCGUGCCGAGGCCCUGAAGAAGUACGGCAAGGUGUUGAUUGGGGCGCGGGCGGAGGACGCCACCCGCCUCAUCAUGGACCUGUGCUGCAGCCCCCCGCCCACCGACGCCGACGCCUCCGCCUCCGCCUCCGGCGGCGGCGGAGGCGGCGACUGGUACUUGGCCUCGGUUUCGGACUUCGCGCACCUCUACAGCGGCGAGCCCACCGCACUCAUGCUGCUGUGUGAGUUCAUCCUCAACACAAACACCGCCGCGGCGGCGGCGGCGGCGGCGUCUGCCAGCCACGGCGGCCGAGGCCCUGCCGACGAGGACGCCGCCGCCGCCGCCGCCGAGCGCGCCGCCGCACACGAGCGGCUGCUGUACCACACCCUGUUGGAGCUGUACCUGGCGGAACACCUGUGGGCGCCGGAGGCAGCGGCGGCAGCGGAGGCGGCGGCAUCUGGUGGUGCUGGUGACGCGCUCACCGAGCAGGGGGGCGGCGGCGCCGGCGCUGAAGGCUCUGUCGCUGCCGCCGCCGCUGCCGCCGCCGCCACCGCAGCUGCCGCUGCCGCUGCUGGCACCGGCGCCGGCAGCAAGGAUCCGGGCGUGGAGGUACGGCGGGCCAAGGCGCUGGAGCUGCUCAACCGGGGCUGGCCGCCGCACGCCACCGCGCCGCCCCCUCCCAGCAGCAGCAGCAGCGGGGCAGCGGCAGGAGGAGCAGCAGGAGGAGCAGGAGCCGCAGGUGGCGGCGGCGGCGUGGUGUCGCCGGGUGGCGGCGGCGGCUCAGGCACUGGGUCAUUCACCAGCAGGGGCGGCGGCGGCGGCGGAGCCUAUGCGGUGCCGCCCUCCUACGACCCCGACCACGCGCUGGUGCUGUGCCGCCUGCACGGCUACAGGCCCGGACUGCUGUUCCUGUACGACAGGCUGCGGCUGCCGCGCGAGGUGCUUCAGGUGCACAUGGCGGCGGGCGACAGCGGCGGGCUGAUUGAGGCGGUGCGCAAGUACGGCGACGCGGCUCGCGGCGGCGACCCGGUGCUGUGGAGCGAGGUGCUCGAGUACUUUGUGGGCCAGCACGACGCCGCGCCGCCCGCCAGCGACUGCAGCGCGCAGAUCAUGCAGGUUGUGGAGCACGUGGAGCGGAGCGGCGUGUUGCCGCCGCUGGUGGUGCUGCAGACGCUGUCUCGCAGUCGGCGCCUGCCGCUGUCGCUGGUCCGCGGCUACAUGGCGCGGGCACUACAGCGCGACACGGCGGCGGUGGGGCGCGACAAGGAGGCGGUGUCCAAACUGGCCAGCGAGACCGCCGCCCUGAGGGAGGAGGUAACCCGCCUGCGCACACAGCCGCGGGUGUUUCAGGCCGGGCGCUGCUCCGCCUCCGGCGCGCCGCUGGAGCUGCCGGCCGUGCACUUCCUGUGCGGCCACUCCUACAACCUGCGCCAGCUGGGCGACAACGAGCGCGAGUGCCCGCUGUGCGGCCCCGACCAGCGGCGAGUGGCGGAGAUACGCCGCAGCAUGCUGGCCUCCUCGUUGCAGCCGGAGCGCUUCUUCAACGAGUUGAGGCAGGCCGCAGACGGCUUUUCGGUGGUGGCUGAGCACUUCGGGCGAGGACUAAUGAACGUAACGCCCGCACUGGCGGCGGCGGCGGCGGCAGCCACGGCGGCGGCGGGCGCGGCGGCGGGAGGCGGCGGCGCGGGUGGCGGCGGUGGCGGCGGGCCAGGGUUGUAGGGGGUCAAGGGGCCAGGUGUGGGCAUGUGUAGCUGGAGGGCAUUUGGGCGUCUGGCACGAACCCGGGAAGUGCGCGUGCACGAUUGCACGUGAAGGUGCGUGGGGUGUGCGUGACAGCGGGCAUGCAGCGAGGCGGCGCGACGAGGCGGUGGUGAGGGGCUCCCAUGGGGGUGGUUAACUCCCAUGGGGCUGGUUAACUCGAGUUAGUUAGCUGCAUGGCCUGAUGUUGCAUGGUCUGAUGUUGUGUGCGGCGGGGUUGCAAGGGCGUCCGUCGUCGUGUGGUGGACUGGUGGUGUGGGUGCUCUGGAGACGUCUAGCAGAGUCUUAGUUGUAGCUAGGGCGGGGGCGGCUGCAAGCAGGGGAGAUUUACCUCAAUGCUGCGGGCCUGCCAGUCCCGUCACGGCGUUAGCCUUGAAUUUGGCUUGAAGCAACUUCAUUGAACAGUUCUAAUCUGCCAUGCGGAGGCUGAUGGUCUCGAGUCUCCAGACCCAGCAGGUGUGGUGGAGGCGCAGCAGACAAACACCUAACGUUACGUA